CAAAAGAGAUAGGAAUUACCACUCGUAUAACACUCCGUCGCGUUGUUUCGGAUCGAACAUGUAUCGAAAAAAUGACCCGAGCUCGGAGCACACCCGGCUUGGAACUUGUCGAGCAGAACAUGGCGCCAGCUCUCCCAUUUACAUUACGACUCUAUGUACAUGUACUCCAUGUCUGACGCCCCCUAUCAUCACUCUUUUUCAGGUGUACCGCACCAAAAAUUUACACUAAACAAGAAUAUUUUGUUCGCUAUGAUGGAGCCAUCCCCCGCAAUAAUCCGCGAGAGCGUAAAACACAUAAAAGAAUGGCUGGAGAAAGACCCGCACCUCCCAAACGUCGAAGACGAAGACUGGUUGGAAACCUACUUCUACAACAACAAAUUCAGCCUGGAGAAAACCAAAGCUAAGCUGGCCCUAUACUAUUCGAUAAAAAACGAAUACCCUGAAAUCAUGAAGAAACGAGACCCUACCACCCCCGCCUCGGCGAGGGCGAGGAAGGCCAUGAUCGUCUGCUACUGCCGGGAAUUGACCCAAAACGGCUACUAUCUAUCCUACGCGAAGUUCGGUCCGGACCCGGACCUGUUCAACACGAACGAUAUCUAUAAGAGGCUCACGAUGAUGUCAGACGCGCAGCAUCUGGAGAAACACAGGCGUUUUAGCUUUGCCGCCAUUGUUGAUUGCCAGUUCCUCAGCUACAAGCAUGUGCUCAAGACUGUGCCCACCAUGCCGGGCAUGGUCAAUCUGGUCAACGCGUACACUGAAAGGAUAGCCGAGAUUCAUUUUAUCAGUGCGCCUCCAUUUUUGCGGAGGUCGAUUGAGCUGGUAAAGCGAUACUUGCCGGAGAAAUUGAGCAAAAGGCUGUUCGUGCACACUGCUGGAAGUGAAUCCAUCAUCAACACGACUGACCGGAAGGUCCUAGCUAGCGAUUUCGGUGGCGAUGGACCCAGCUUGGCCGAAUUGGACGAACAAUGCCAAAAACUCUUGGAAAAGCAUAGAAAUUGGUUCCUCGAACAAGACAAUGUGUGUGCAGAUGGCUUUCAAUGGAAAACAGAUGAUAUGAACGGCUCUUUUAAACGACUGGAUAUCGACUAAUAAUAAAAUGCACGCGAUCUAUUACGUCUAAAAUUGUUUGAUUAAAUAAAAAAAAAUGAAAAAUAAAGUAUUAAAAGAAGAAA